GCUAGGUGGGCGGCGGGGCUGGAAGGGGCCGCAGCGGGCGGGACGGAGAGUAGGAGCGGCGGGAGCGGGCUGGAUGGGGCUGCUCGAGGGGAGACGCGCAGCUGGACGUGGGGGGAGCAUCUGGGGUGAAGGAGCCCAUCCGAGGACGAGGGGCCUUGUCUAGAACGAAGAUGCAUAUUGCGGGGGAUGGUGGGUGUAGCUGGGAGGAGGGGCCCACAGCUGGACUGGGGACCGCAGCUGCGGAGGAGGGGACCACAGGCCCCCAGGAUGGAGCGGCCGGAGCCCCCACCCGGGACGGUGGCGGCGGGGCAGGAGGAGCAGGAGCUGCGGGAGCGGGCUUUCUUCUCGUGGGCGGAGUUCAGCCGCUUCUUCGAUGCGUGGUGCCAGCAGCGGCUGGCGCUCUUCUUCGUCAAGAGCUCCAUGCACCUGGCGCGCUGCCGCUGGGCCAGCGCGCCCCCGCUCUACACGCUCAUCGACGUGCUCAAGUACAGCUACGUGCGGCUCGUGUGCAAGGACGUGCGUGCGCCCAACCGGCCCGCUGUGGGGCCCCCCCAGCCCGGCUGCCCCGCCUUCAUCAUCGUCAAGCUGAGCCCGCUGCGGGACCGCCUCGUGGUGACGGAGUGCCAGCUGACCCACUCACACCCGGCUUGCCCGCUGGAGUUUGCCUACUACUUCCGCCCGGGCCACCUGCUGGCCAACGCCUGCCUGCCGGUGCGCACCACCAACAAGAUCUCCAAGCAGUUCGUGGCCCCAGCCGACGUGCGCCGCCUGCUCUCCUACUGCAAAGGCCGCGACCACGGGGUCCUGGACGCCCUGCACGUGCUUGAGGGCCUCUUCCGCACCGACCCCGAGGCCAAGGUGAAGCUGGUGUUCGUGGAGGACCAGGCGGUGGUGGAGACGGUGUUCUUCCUGACGUCGCGCACCAGGGCCCUGCUGCGGCGCUUCCCGCGCAUGCUGCUGGUGGACCGGCUGCCGGGGCUGCAGGGCGCGCUGGAUCUGCUGGCCGUGCUGUGCGUGGACGGCGCGGGCCGUGCGCGCCAGGCUGCCUGUUGCGUGGCGCGCCCGGGCACGCCGAGCCUGCUGCGUUUCGCGCUGGCGUCGCUGCUGCAGAGUGCGCCAGACGUCAAAGGCCGCGUGCGCUGCCUCACCGCCGGGCCGGAGGUGGCGGCACAGCUGCCCGCGGUGCGUCAGCUGCUGCCCUGCGCGCGUGUGCAGAUCUGCCGCGCGCAGGGCCUGGAGACGCUCUUCAGCAAGGCGCAGGAGCUGGGCGGCGCUGGCCGCGAGGACCCGGGCCUGUGGUCGCGCCUGUGCCGCCUGGCUGGCGCGUCGUCGCCCGCCGCCUACGACGAGGCGCUGGCCGAGCUGCACGCCCAUGGCCCGGCCGCCUUCGUCGACUACUUCGAGCGCAACUGGGAGCCCCGCGGCUUGACCCUCUCCAUAUGCCUCACAUCUCACCCAUUGGCCACCUGUAUCUGCCGCCGUAGCAGCCAGAAAACUGCAACUCCCAGCAGGCUGAGCGCCACCAGCACUUUCACGCCUAGUCCCUUUGCUAAGAGCGAGCGCCUGCGCAGUAGAAUCCACGGGCCCAGAGCUCCAUCUGAGCAUGUGCAGGGGGCGGGGUGUUUCCUUCGCCGGCUGGCGGGAGAGGAGUGGGCAGGACCCGGUUCCAAGCUGAGCUCGGCUCUCCUUGUCCAGAGGGUCUGGGCACCGGGGCUGCCAACUCGGGGUGUGGAGUGGGGGCGGGAAACCUGCUUCGGUCGCCAUGGUUACGAGCCGCUCAGCGCGCUGAGGAAGACUCAAAGGUUAGCGUUGCCACAGUAA